AUGGGAGGAGGGACCCAUGUUUCCUCUUCAGGCGGAGCCCGGCGGGGCUCCAUGGGUAAAAGCCUGGCCACCAGGCACUCGCCAUCACGGCUCCAUUUCUCUAGAGACGUUGCAGAGGCAGCAUGUUAUGAACGGAAGAUUAUUGGACCAAAGCAGAGCAACACAUGGUUCCAGGUUGAGGUCAGGAUGGGGAACACCUCACCCAGGGUUCUGGUCUCACUCUUGUUGAACACACUGCUCUGCUGUGGACAAACUACUGAUCCUGUGCUGACUGUUGAACCCAACUGGUCGACUUUUUAUGUUGGAGAGUUUGUUACAUUUAUCUGUGACAUAAAUGAAGGAAGAGACACUGACUGGUACUACCUGUUAAUGAGGAAUGGUCAAGAAAUUUUUCCCUAUCAGUUUGAAAAACGUUUCAGAGUUGAUUCUCUGUAUACUGAUUAUAGCAGUGAAUUUCAUUGCUGUGUUGACUUUAGGUGGCGUUCAUCUGACUCAAAGUGCAGUAAAACUGUCACUGUUACUUUCUCAGCAGAAAAACCUGCAGCCAAACUGACAGCAGGUUCAACAACCAUACCAGUAGGGGGCAGUGUGAGACUGAGCUGCUCAGUGGAGCCCUCUGCUGGAUGGAAGUACAGAUGGUUCAGACGGACCUCAGACACUUUUGUUGAAUUCAACACAAAUAAUGAAGAAAACAGAGAAAUCACUGUGACACAAGGAGGAAUCUAUAAGUGUGAUGGAAAGAGAGGAAAUCCCUCAUUCUACAGUCAUUCAAGCCAUGAGAACAAAAUUGAAAUAAUGUUUUCCAACAAGGUUUUUGUGACUCAACAACCAAACUGGACUCAUAUCUUCAGUGGUGAGUCGAUCACUCUGACAUGUGAGGUCCAGGGAGGAGAAACCACUGAGUGGAUGUGUGGAUGGAGGAGAUCUGGGUCAAUAAUACACUGGACAGACAGUAAAGACUGGACUUUCAUUGUCUCUGAGUCCAGCAGUGGAAACUACAUGUGUCAGUGUAGAAGCAGAGAUGACUGGUAUUCUACAACACAGUGGAGUGAAACCAUCAGACUGUCUGUAUCAACAGAUAAACCUGGAGCCAAACUGACAGCAGGUUCAACAACCAUACCAGUAGGGGGCAGUGUGACACUGAGCUGCUCAGUGGAGCCCUCUGCUGGAUGGAAGUACAGAUGGUUCAGGAGGACCUCAGAUUCUUCUUUUGUUGAAUUCAUCAGAAAUAAUGAAGAAAACAGAGAAAUCACUGUGACACAAGGAGGAAUCUAUAAGUGUCAUGGAAAGAGAGGAAAUCCCUCAUUCUACAGUCACUCAAGCCUUGAGAAAACCAUUGAAAUAAUGUUUUCCAACAAGGUUGUUGUGACUCGACAACCAAACGGUUCUCAGAUCUUCAGUGUAACUGUAUCCAGUCCUGUCAUCUCUUCAUUUCCUGUGAUGUUGAUCGUUGGACCAGUUAGUGGAAUCGUUCUCAUUGUCCUCCUGCUCUUGUUGUGGCGCUGCAGACGGUCCAAAGAUUUGUGCUGCAUCAGGUCAUUUCAGUCUGAAAGCAGCAGCCAGAGGCCGACCACUAAUCAUGGAGUGAACCAGACUGAAAGUGAUUACAGCUUUCUGCUGCAUGGCACCACGUCUGUGUAUGAGACAAUCCAUAACCGUGGAGCCACUGGAAAAGAGAGACCUCCUGAUCCAGAAGAAGGUUCUGUUUACGUUAAUGUGAGACCAGAUAAUUACAGCUCAGCAUGAAGGUCAGAUAAACACCUGUUUGAUUAGAUUGUUACUGAUCAUUUUUUCUUCAAUUAGGAAAAUUUGCUGCCACAUUCAGCAGUUCUAAUAAGAUUUCUGUUGUUUAUUUGUGAUUUCAUGAUUUUAUCUCAUCUGUCUGUUUUUCUGUAACAAAACUUUCUUAUUCUGCCAAUGAUAACAUGCUGUUUUUUAAUUAAACUAUAAUGUGGCUGCAGUUUCCGUCUUGGACUCUGGUUUAGGAUAAAUAAUAUCAUCUUUCAUUUCAAGUCUUUAUUGUCCGGUGGGUUUAUUUUACUUUUAUAAAGCAGAUGUAGCUGGUUGAGAAACAGUUUAAAAUAAUAAUAAUAAUUAAUACAACCCCUAUUUUUGAAUCAGAAUUGGUCUUGUCUUUUGUCUUCGUUUUUUUCUAUUUUUUCUUAUGUAUAUAGACGUGUUUGUUGUGUGCAUGUAUCUUCUUACCAGUGGGGGCGCUCUCAUGCCGCUGUGGGUCUGAUAGGGAUGACGAGUUUCCUGGCUCUGCGCAUGCGCGGCUCAGAAUAAACAAGCUCUUGCCAGAGUAACAUUGUAUCAACUUGCUUCCUCUGAUCCACAGGUAGGAUAAAAGACAACUGUUAUAAGGCCAUAAAAACAGCUUCUUUAAAAUGUUCUGUAAAUAUAUUGAGAGUAGUUUUAAAGUGUUUCGUGUAACUUGUGUUUGUGAUUUGGACAAAUUUUUACUGGGUUUUGAUCUCCGUCUGUAGAUUGUUGUUGUUGGAGCCUUUGUGAUUUUGGAUUUGUUUAAAUUACUUCAUUAAUCACUGUUAUAGGCACCAUUGCCAUAUUGGUAUUUGGGUAAUGUUGGUAUAGUAUUUUUUUUACUCAUAAAUUUGUAUUUUUAUACGACAAACUUAAACUCCUUGAUAACUGUGACAGUUAUAACUAGACAUUAGUAUUUAAGAGCAUAUUUGUAUCUGACUAACGUUGGUGUUUAUUGUGUUGUAAACUGAAUGUUUUGUUCGUUUUGGUUUUGCUAAUUUAGGAUUAGAUUUUC